CAAGUACUGCAAUACCGUGUACAUUUAGGAGUAUCUGGACGUGCUUGCUCUCUCCCAUCAGGGAGGAGGAUGAUGGUGUGCGAGGAAGAGGAAGAUGUGGGAGGUCCAUCAAGCCCUUGAGGAGGAAGACGGAAAGAUGGAGGAGGAGGAAAAAGGCGAUUUUUCCACAUCACUCCUGCCGUGAUCGACGCUAAAGAUGUGCGAUCAUUGACGUGACGAGACGGAGACGAUGCAAGACCUUCACUCGCUGCAGGCCUGAAUCCCCCCAGAAGCUCGAUGGAGCAGGAUGUGGAGAGCUCGGCCAUCAACAAGUUCCCCAAGCAGCUGGUGGCCAUGGAGCGGACCAGGAGGGUCCAGCGCUACGUGCGGAAAGACGGCAAGUGCAACGUGCACCACGGCAACGUGCGCGAGACUUACCGCUACCUGACGGACAUCUUCACCACGCUGGUGGACCUGAAGUGGAGGUUCAACCUGUUCGUCUUCGUCCUGGUCUACACCGUCACCUGGCUCUUCUUCGGCUUCAUGUGGUGGCUCAUCGCCUACCUGCGGGGAGACCUGGACCACUUGGCCGACAACCUCUGGACUCCGUGCGUCAACAACCUCAAUAGUUUCGUCUCGGCCUUCCUCUUCUCCAUCGAGACGGAGACCACCAUCGGGUACGGGUACCGGGUGAUCACGGACAAGUGUCCCGAGGGCAUCGUGCUGCUGCUGGUGCAGUCGGUGCUGGGCUCCAUCGUCAACGCCUUCAUGGUGGGCUGCAUGUUCGUCAAGAUCUCGCAGCCCAAGAAGCGCGCCGAAACGCUGGUGUUCUCCACCCACGCCGUGGUCUCCAUGAGGGACGGCCGCCUGUGCCUCAUGUUCCGGGUGGGCGACCUCAGGAACUCGCACAUCGUGGAAGCGUCCAUCCGGGCCAAGCUCAUCAAGUCCAAGCAGACCAAGGAGGGCGAGUUCAUCCCCCUGAACCAGACGGACAUCAACGUGGGCUACAGCACGGGCGACGACCGCCUCUUCCUGGUGUCCCCGCUCAUCAUCUGUCACGAGAUCAACCAGAGCAGUCCUUUCUGGGACGUCUCGCCCGCACACCUGGCCCACGAGGAGCUGGAGGUGGUCGUCAUCCUGGAGGGCAUGGUGGAGGCCACGGGCAUGACGUGUCAGGCCAGGAGUUCGUACGUGAGCAGUGAGAUCAAGUGGGGUUAUCGCUUCACGCCCGUCCUCACGCUGGAGGACGGCUUCUACGAGGUGGACUACAACAGCUUCCACGACAUCUACCAGACCAACACGCCCGCCUGCAGCGCCAGGGAGCUGGCGGACAUGUGCGAGCGCGCCCGCCCGCCCCUCGCCUGCUCGCUGGCCGGCAAGCCGAGUCAGCAGGAUCUGUCCGAGGCCGACAAGGAGGCGGAGCCACAGAGCAAGAACGUCCCGCAGACUGAGAGGAACGGAGACGUCUCCAACGCGGAGACCGAGUCCAAAGUGUAGAAGUAGGAGUAUUUUUUCUAGUAGAUUUGAAGUAUUUUUGUACAUAACUUGCUUGAGUGAAUAUUUGAUACUACUUCUCUCUCACUACUGUAAAUAAUACUUUAUUUAUUGCACAAUACUCUUUUCUUUUCACAAUACACACCUGCAGGACACCUCAUUAGGGACACCUGUGCCGGCCAAUAGGAGAGCUGCAUCCAUACUUGGACUAAGAGAAGUACUUUUUCACCAACAAAACACUUGGCUCGCUAAGUACCCACUUUAAAAUGCACUAGCGUAGUAGGCCUAAGUAUUCAUUAAAAACAAGGCAGUGGUUUUAUUUAACAUGUACAUUUCAUAUUUUGGCCCCUGUCAUGUUACACACAGAUUGAACAGUAACACUGUGUUUGAAUAUGGGAAAAUAAAAGGCUACUUUAAUCAGUGGUUCUUUGGCCUACCACUAGAUGGAGCUUGCGAGAACACAUACAUGAUCUUUGACCUUUAGUGUUAAUAAAUACCUGACACAUACACAUAAAAACCUUAACUUCAGUGAGGCGUGACAGAAAAUCCUUAUACAAAUAUAGUAUUGUAAAAUAAAUACAAUAGUAUAUAUAGUAUGACUACAAUAGUAAAACUACAAUGGUUGAUUUAAUAUAAAUACAAUAGUAAAUAUGCACGAUAGCAAAUAUAGUAUAACUACAAUAGUAAAUAUAGUGUAAACACAAUAGUAAACAUAGUACAACUACAAUAGUAAAAACAUAACUACAAUAGUAAAUAGUAUAAAUAAAUUUGAUAAAUAUAGUAUUAGUAAAUAUAAGUAUAACUGCAAUAGUAAAUAUAACUACAAUAGUAAAUACAGUAUAAUUACAAUAGCAUAACUAAAAGUGACAAUCUAGUACAACCACAAUAGUAAAUAAUAGUAUAACUACAAUAGUAAAUAUAGUAUAACUUCAAUAGUAAAUAAUAGUAUAACUACAAGAGUAAAUAUAGUAUAACUACAAUAGUAAAUAAUAGUAAAAUUACAACAGUAAAUAUAGUAUAAUUACAUUAGUAAAAAUAACUUCAAUAGUAAAUAUAGCAUAACUACAAUAGUAAAUAUAGUAUAAUUACAAUAGUAAAUAUAACUUCAAUAGUAAAUAUAGCAAAACUACAAUAGUAAAUAUAGUAUAAUUACAUUAGUAAGUAUAACUUCAAUAGUAAAUAUAGCAAAACUACAAUAGUAAAUAUAGUAUAACUACAAUAGUAAAUAUAACUUAAAUGGUAAAUAUAGUAUAACUUCAAUAGUAAAUAUAGUAUAACUACAAUGGUAAAUAUAACUACAAUAGUAAAUAUAGCAUAACUACAAUAGUAAAUAUAGUAUAAUUACAAUAGUAAAUAUAACUUCAAUAGUAAAUAGAGCAAAACUACAAUAGUAAAUAUAACUUCAAUAGUAAAUAUAGCAAAACUACAAUAGUAAAUAUAGUAUAAUUACAUUAGUAAGUAUAACUUCAAUAGUAAAUAU